AUAUAGAAGAGAGAGAGAGACACCCAGAUAGCAGAAAGAAACCAAGCAAAUUUGUUUGCUUAAUAUCCCUGCUCUGACGUCGUUUUGGGUGAUGUUUGAGUGUACAGGUUCUCUGUUUUGUGAUCAUGAAGCGCCCACUGUGUCUGCAUCUGCAGUACUAGAAAUGCCAUGAUCAUCGAGCCCACUGACAUUGCCUUGGCGUAACUCACAAGCAAAAAUCACAGCAGUUUUACAGAAAGUUUUUUCAUAGAAAAUAAAAUACAUUCGUGUUUCGUUCGCAAAGCUACAGCCGCCACCCCUUUAUAAAUUCAGCUUUCUUCGUCUCUGUGGAUUAUUCACAAACAGAAGGAAAACACAAAAACAGAGCACCCCAAAUGGACAGGCUCUCGACCACGUCGGCCAUGCUUCCCGACACUUUCCGAGGCGUCCGCGACGACAUUAGCGGGCAGGUGGGUUUCAUUUGGCAGCAAGCCAAAGCGCCGGUGAUCGUGCCGCUGCUGAAACUGGCGGUAGGUGUGUGUUUGGUGAUGUCGAUAAUGCUGUUCAUGGAGCGAGUUUACAUGGGCGUUGUCAUUGUUCUCGUGAAGUUGUUCGGUCGGCGGCCGGAGAAGCGUUACAAAUGUGAGCCGAUGAGGGAUGACGUGGAGCUUGGUCAUUCGGGUUUCCCCAUGGUUCUAGUGCAAAUUCCUAUGUACAACGAGAAGGAGGUGUAUCAACUGUCCAUUGGAGCUGCAUGUGGGCUUUCAUGGCCGUCGGAUCGGAUAAUAAUUCAAGUUCUUGAUGAUUCAACUGACCCAGCCAUUAAGGCCUUGGUGGAAUUAGAGUGCCAAAGAUGGGCAAGCAAAGGCAUAAACAUAAAGUACGAGAUCAGAGACAAGAGGAAUGGGUACAAAGCAGGGGCUCUCAGAGAAGGCAUGAAGCACAGCUACGUCAAAAUGUGCGACUACGUGGCAAUCUUUGAUGCUGAUUUCCAACCCGAGCCUGAUUUUCUCUGGCGCUCCAUACCAUUUCUUGUUCAUAACCCGGAAAUCGCUCUUGUUCAAGCUCGCUGGAAAUUCGUUAAUGCUGAUGAAUGCUUAAUGACAAGGAUGCAAGAAAUGUCAUUGGGUUACCAUUUUACAGUGGAGCAAGAAGUGGGGUCCUCUACUUAUGCCUUCUUUGGGUUCAAUGGGACGGCUGGUGUAUGGAGAAUUUCAGCUCUGAAUGAGGCUGGAGGAUGGAAGGACCGCACCACAGUGGAGGAUAUGGAUUUGGCCGUCCGAGCUAGCCUUAAAGGCUGGAAAUUUGUUUAUAUUGGUGAUCUCCAGGUGAAAAAUGAAUUGCCUAGUACUUUGAAGGCCUUCCGAUAUCAGCAGCACAGAUGGUCUUGUGGCCCUGCUAAUCUCUUCCGAAAAAUGGCCAUGGAAAUUAUAACAAACAAGAAAGUCUCUCUGUGGAAGAAGUUUUACGUGGUCUACAGCUUUUUCUUUGUUCGAAAGAUCGUAGGUCAUCUUGUCACAUUUGUGUUUUACUGUGUUGUUUUGCCGGCAACAGUUUUGGUUCCUGAAGUGGAAGUACCCAAGUGGGGUGCUGUCUACAUCCCUUCUAUCAUUACCCUCCUCAAUGCUGUUGGAACUCCAAGAUCAUUCCACCUGUUGAUGUUCUGGAUCCUCUUCGAGAAUGUCAUGUCUCUGCACCGGACUAAGGCGACAGUUAUAGGUCUGCUCGAAGCAGGGAAUGUAAAUGAGUGGGUUGUCACUGAGAAAUUGGGAGAUGCCCUCAAGCCAAAAUCAGGUGCAAAAGCUCCCAGGAAACCUCGUUUCAGGUUUGGAGAAAGAAUCCAUUUGCUAGAGCUUGGUGUUGGGGCCUAUCUCUUCUACUGUGGGUGCUAUGACCUUUCCUUUGGGAAGAACCGCUUCUUCAUAUACCUCUUUCUCCAAUCCAUUGCCUUCUUCGUUGUAGGGGUUGGAUAUGUUGGCACCUUUGUCCCCAACUUUUAGCAAAACUUGUUUGGCAAAAAUAAUCUACUGUUCUUCUGGAGCUUCUUUCAAUCAGAUAGUUUAUGUUUCAAAUUGUUGAUACAAGGAGAGGUCAUUAUUUUAUUGUGAACAAUUAUUUAAAUACAAA